AACAAGGAUACAAGGACAACUUACAUUUGGAUACACAAGCCAAUUGUUGGAGGCUUGGAGCCCGCUUGCCGCUUCUGCCUGUACCUAAGGUCCUUUUCCAUAACUGUAACCCAACCCAUCCAAACUGAAACUGGAACCACGCUACCUUGUUACCUUUCUAAGUCAAGCUGGCAGAGGAGAAAGAUCCUCACAGACGAAGAAAUGGAAGGUGUGAAACUGGAUCAGUGGGGUUAUGAAGUGAAGACUAGUUCGGAUGCCUGUAUAGCUGCUAUCAACUCUUAUUAUCAUCAGGUACUUAGCUAUGGAAGAAGAAGGGAUGUGAUUUUGGAAGCUCCUAAAGCCGACCCGGAUUGUGUUUUGGGAAAUGUUUUGGCAGCUAGUUUUCUCUGUUCCUUUGAUCCUUCUAGAGUUCCUACUUUCCUUGAUGCUGCAAAUUCUUGUCUAGACAAUGCUAGUGGAUACGAGAAAGCAGUUUUUGAUGCUGUUAGUUAUUUCAUUUCGCCAGAUAGAGAUGAUGAUGUUGCUGUUGAUUUACAUUCCACGUUUUUGAAAGAUUAUCCAAGAGAUCUAGUAUCUCUGACGAGGGCACAGGUGCUGUGCUUCUAUAUGGGUCGACCUGAUCUAUCUCUGCAACUUGUUCAACAGGUUCUAUCAAAAAAUGAAAAAGCAAAUUUCAUUUAUGGCAUGCUUGCUUUCCCUCUGCUAGAGCUUGGUCGAAUGGUAGAUGCUGAGAAAGCUGCUAAAGAGGGAUUUGAAAUCAACAAGGAGGAUCCUUGGACUCAACAUGCUCUCUGUCAUGUUUAUCAAUAUGAAUGUCAUUUCAAGGAAGCAGUGAUAUUCAUGGAAGAAUGUUCACAAUCAUGGAGUCCUUUGUCAUCGUUUAUGCACACUCACAAUUGGUGGCAUGUUGCUCUUUGUUACUUGGAAGGUAAUUCCCCAAUUGACAAGGUAGCAGAGGUCUAUGAUGAAUGUAUUUGGAAAGAAUUGGAAAGAAGUGAUGCCAGUCCAGUCGAGGUCUACCUUAAUGCUGUCAGUUUAUUGUUGCGGAUAUAUGUUAGAGGUUAUAUAAAAGUCUUUGAAGAUCGUCUGAAGGUCUUAGCAAAAUGUCUGACUAAUAAAGCCUUCUGGUGUCUCGAGUGGCACUUUGAUGUGUUGAUAGUGUGGGCUUUAGCUUAUACUGGAGAGAUUUCUAAAGCUGAAGAUCUUUUAACAGGAUUGAAAUCCAGGCUCUCUCUGAUGUCAAAGAAGAAGCAACAGCGGAUGCAAAAAGGGAUGCUGCUUGCAGAAGCACUUUACGAGUAUGGGAAGGGUGAAAACGAAAAGGCCCUAGAAUUGCUUGGACUUCAAUUUGAUGCAAUUGACUGUAAGGCUAUUGGAGCAUCAGAUGAACAACUUGAUGUUUUCAACGAAAUUUGGAUCAUCUUGUUGAUCAAUGGAGGAGAAACUACCAAAGCAACUGAAGCAAUUGAGAAGCAGUUAAAGAAGAGAGAAGGAGCCCCAUUCUUGUGGCGCCUCUUAGAAAAAUGUUACCAUACAUUAGGAAGGCCAGAAGCUGCAAACGUUGGAGAGAGAGCCAGUGCAUUAGCGGUCGCAUACUUCACAUAGAUGGUUUAGAUGGACGUACAUCCUUAAAUGCUUAGCAUUGGCUGUUGAAUAUUUUACUUGUAAGUCCCGCAUUUCUGUACCCUAAUGAUCUCCUAGUCUAUGAAUAGUUGUUGAAUGAGACCGCGAGGUGGUAAAAUCAUAGAGGCGUAAUAGUUCCAGUUUUUGUUCAA